UUUGCGUGGACAGAGCUGGGGUGGACAGAGUCCAUACCCUAUCUUGACAGGCCUCCGUCCCCGCUGGAGUUUUAUCGAGAAUGGGUGAGUCCGAAUAAGCCCUGUAUAAUUCAGAAUGCCAUCAGCCACUGGCCGGCUCUGAGGAAAUGGACCUCAGCGUACCUCAGGGAGGUGGUAGGUCCCAAGGUGGUGAGUGUGGCAGUAACACCAAAUGGUUAUGCAGAUGCGGUGUUUCAGGACCGUUUUGUCAUGCCAGAGGAGCGCCAAAUGCCUUUCAUGGACUUUUUGGACAUUGUGGAGAAGAAAGUGACCUCUCCCAAUGUAUUUUAUGUGCAGAAGCAGUGCUCAAACCUCACCAAGGAGUUCCCUGAACUUGUCUGUGAUGUGCAGCCUGACAUACCAUGGAUGAGCGAGGCACUUGGGAGGAAGCCUGAUGCUGUGAAUUUCUGGCUUGGGGAAUCAGCUGCUGUGACAUCUCUACAUAAAGAUCAUUAUGAGAACUUGUACUGUGUGAUAUCUGGAGAGAAACAUUUUCUACUGCAUCCACCGAGUGACCGUCCCUUCAUCCCAUAUGAGCUCUAUCAGCCAGCAACCUACCAGGUGUCAGAAGAUGGCUCAUUUGAAAUUGUGGAUGAGAAGAGUGCAGAUAAGGUGCCCUGGAUCCCCCUGGACCCCUUGAACCCAAAUCUGGAACAAUAUCCAGAGUAUGCUAAGGCAAAACCUUUGCAGUGUACAGUGAAAGCUGGUGAGAUGUUAUACCUACCUUCUCUCUGGUUCCAUCAUGUUCAGCAAUCACAUGGCUGUAUAGCAGUGAAUUAUUGGUAUGACAUGGAAUAUGACCUUAAGUACAGCUAUUAUCAACUAUUAGAUUGUCUCACAAAAACCGUGAAGGUGUUAUAGCAGAGGUGGGAGACUCGAGCUUGUGAUUCUCUCUGAUGUGAUACAAUCAUCAGCACCUGUGACUGGAGUACAAACAUGACUGAAGUGAAAAGAACCGAACAUUAAAUUGUCCUCAGCAAUGUCUGUCAAACAGAUCAUGGCUAUUUUGCUUGAUUCCAGAGUCCAGAUCGAUUGGCCAGAUUUUUUGGCUUGUAAGUAGAAGGUUUGAUAAUAGCAUUUUUAGGUCUUUGCGUGUUGCCUCAGUGACAGUGAGCAAAAUAAAAUUUGAAGGGAGGCAA